AAGAUGAAGCAGAGGAACAUGUCACGUAAAAAGAGUAAAGGCACUUGAUACACGGAAGAUAUUGUGAGGAAAUUGAGAAGAAAAUAACACUCUCAUAAUUCAGUUCCUUGAAAGUAGAUGAAUUAAGCUGUUAUUGAACUUUAAAAUCAUUAACAAUGUCUGGUGAUGUGCAAACAAGACAAAGGAGGAAGGAGAAGAAAAAACAGAAGCGAGAAGAUGAAGCACCAUUGCCCGGCAUUGACACAAGCAAAUUCAAUGAGACUGAGAAAAAGUCUGUUCAAAUGCAUAUUAAUGAAAGUGAUCAUCAUGGAGCAGCCGGUAUUUGUGCUAAAGUCAUUUUCUUUACAUUAAUGGCUAUUCUAUUAGGUCUUGUAACUUUAAUUGUCUUGGAAAAUCGUGGUGGAUCCGAUGUGGAUACGCCGCUAUCGGAAUCAAGAUUUUCAGAAUAUUUGCAAGGCUGGGUUGACGAAAAUAGACAAGAUGAUCAUCACGAGGAACCACAUUUUUCAGCACCAGAUGAAGAUCACGAUGAUAAUGACCACGCGACAGAAGAAUCGCAUCAUGAUGGAGAACAAACAGAAAUUAAUGAUAAUGAUCCAUAUCCAGAAGAGAAAGAUGUAUCUAAUAAUGAAAAUGAUGACGAAGAAAACUCACAGGAACUAAAUGCAGAGAUUAAUAACAAUGACAAUGAAAGUCAGGAAGACAAUGACAAUGCAAGUCAAGAAAACGAUGAUGACAAUAACGAUCAAAAUGAUAAUGAGCCUGAAGAAACUGAUGACAAUGAUGGCUUAGAGGAUAAUAAUGAGCCGGAAGUGCCAAAUUUGUUCGAAGAUAGUGCUCCUUUUGAUGAAGAGAAGAAAAUUAACAGACAUCGCCUUUCACGGAAGGUUGAUGAAUUGUAUGAUACUUACAAUGAAAUCGCUGAUAUGCUUGGAAAAGAUAGAUUAAAAACUAAUAAAGCAAUUUUAAAUAAGAGAGAAAUUUCUAAGGGAGAUGACGAUGACGAGGGAAUUGCAGACAGCAAAGAUAUUUUCGAGAAUGUUGUAGACAACGAUGCUGGUGAAGAAAUUUUACUUCAAAAAUUGGCAGAAGAAAGCGAGCAAGAGCAAAAUCAACAACAAGAUCAAGACGAGAAUGAAGAAGAAGGGUCAUCGUCGCAAAUUCCAGAAGGUGGAGGAGCUCAAAGUAGCUAUAUGGAAGAGCUGUUGAGACAACAAGCUUUAGAAGAGAAUCCAGCCGUUAAAGAACUUUACGAUAAAGCAAAGGAAAUGGAUAAAUCUUCAGAGACCGAGAAAAGCAAUAAGAUUCUAAAUGAGGCUAUUGGAAUGUACAAGACUUUAAUCGAGCAGUAUGGAGAUAAACUUAAUGAUACAAUCUUCAAGCAAGUAGCAGAGAGAUGUAUUAAUCGAAUGAGAUUUUUGGGACGACUUAAGUCAGCUGUUGACAUUCAUUAUAAAUUAAUAAGACGAUUUGCAGACGAGCCAUCGUUUAGAAAUCAGUUGGCUGUCACGUUUCUACUGGGAAAUCGUCUUUCAGCAGCAAAGCUGGUCUUACAUGAAGUAUUAUCACAGUGGCGAUACAAUGGAUUUGCUCUCGUCCAUUACGGUUUCGUACUUAAGAAUUUAGAUCAAGAUUUUGAGAAUGCUGUAUUAUAUUUAAGGGAAGGUAUCGAAACAAAUGAUGAAGGAACUCAAGACGGUCGCUUUUACUUUAAUUUAGGCGAUGCCCUACAACGACUUGGUCGAAACCAAGAAGCUCAAGAAGUUUACAGGAAGGGUGCAAAAAUCGGCCUUUUCUUAUCUGAAUAUCAAAGAUCACUUUACAAUGUUAAUAGACUGAAAUCAAAGCCAUUUUGGACAAAACUCGAUACAACUUACAAAGAUCAAUUUACAGAGAUUUAUAAAUAUUGGCAAGUCAUUAGAGACGAAGGAUUAAAAUUACUCUCACAAGAUGGACUAUUUAUGAAUGAACAGGAGAAUCUCAAAGAUACUGGAGACUGGAAGCAGUUUGAGUUAUACGCUCGCGGCUCCAAGACAAAGAAUUGUCAUAUGGCUCCAAUUACAUGUCAAUUAAUUAAUAAUUUCAAAGCUGCUUCAUCGUGCAAACGAGGCCAAGUAAAAUUUAGUGUUUUGCAUCCAAAUACUCACGUUCACAGCCACUGUGGACCAACAAAUUGUCGAAUUCGAGCACAUUUAGGUUUAAAAGUUCCUGAAAAUACUUUCAUUAGAGUAGCAAAUGAAACAAGAUCUUGGAAAGAAGGUGAAUGGCUGAUUUUCGAUGACAGCUAUGAACACGAAGUUUGGCAGAAAGGAACAAGUCUUCGAUUAGUGCUUAUUGUUGACGUCUGGCAUCCAGAUUUAACAGAAGAAGAGAAGAGCAGCAUGAGUCCUAUUUAAUUUUAGCAUUAUCUUUUAGAAGCAACAGAAUCUCUCUGAUUAACCAAAAAGUGGAACCUCAAGUCGUGCCUCAUUAGUUUAUAAAUGAUUUUUUAGAAACAAAAAGAAAAAAUAAAAUCUUGGAUUUGAUUAAAAAGCCAAAACUGGAACUAAGGUUUUCAGAAAAUUAAAAAAAACCCAUCAAGUUCUCUUCCUUUUCUUUCUUUCAUGGUACAUUCAAAAAAGUCGAUAAGUUAUUUUAUUCAAGAAACUAAAAUAAUAAAACAAAUAUCAUCAUCAUCAUCAUCAUGAAAAGCGCAGCCUGAAUAAGAUCCAUUAGUCAUCAUGCUUAACCAGCGUUAAGCUGAGGAUUUUUAGCAAAACUAUCGGGUUGUUCCAUACUAGAAGAUGCAGUCAUGGCUAAAGAGUUCAUUUGAAAAUGAGUAUCGUUUAAAGAUGGCAUAAUUGCUAAGAUUUGAACAGUUUUUGCCUCUAAAUCUUCUAAUUGUUUGUCCUUAUUACGCAAGCAGUCUAGUGUAAACAUGAAACAUAUGUCAAUAUAUCAUAAACAGAGUAUUGAAUUAUUGUUUAACAACUUACUAUCUUUGAUUUCCAAUUGUCGACGUGCCUCGCCUAAAGCCGAAAACAAAUCGAGUUUAAUUCUCGUUUCUGCAGACAAAUUCUUUUCAAGUGUUGCAUUUUUCUCCUGCAUUAUAAUCAAAGCAUUCUGAAGCGCAACAUUAUGAUUCUGAUCACGAUUCCUAAAUUCAACCUCAUACUUUCGCA